AUGGAGUGCUCCAGCCCACUCCUCGGGUCAGCUAGCAGCAGCAGCAGCCAUGCCGGGAGUCGUGAGCUGGAGGCGAUCCUGAGCAACACGGCAGCAUCGUGGGGGCGUCGGGCAUGGGCGGGCGCCGCGGUGGAGCUGCCGCUCCUGCUGCGGCUGGCGCUGCCGGCCGUGGCGGUGUACCUCAUCAACUACCUCAUGUCCAUGUCCACGCAGAUCUUCUGCGGGCAGCUCGGCAACCUGGAGCUCGCGGCGGCGUCGCUGGGGAACACGGGCAUCCAGGUCUUCUCAUACGGCCUCAUGCUUGGGAUGGGCAGCGCGGUGGAGACUCUAUGUGGACAAGCCUAUGGCGCGCACAAGUACGAGAUGCUGGGCGUGUACCUACAGCGCUCCACGAUCCUCCUUGCUGCCACCGGCGUCCCCCUCGCCGUCAUAUACGUCUACUCGCGCCCCAUCCUCCUCCUUCUCGGCGAGUCGGAGCGCAUCGCCGCGGCCGCCGCCGUCUUCGUCUACGGCCUCAUCCCACAGAUCUUCGCCUACGCGACCAACUUCCCGAUCCAGAAGUUCCUCCAGGCGCAGAGCAUCGUGGCGCCCAGCGCCUGCAUAGCCGCCGCCACGCUGCUGCUCCACCUCGCACUAAGCUGGCUGGCGGUCUACAAGCUCGGCCUCGGCCUCCUCGGCGCCUCCCUGGUGCUUAGCCUCAGCUGGUGGCUCAUCGUGGUUGCCCAGUUCGCCUACAUAUUGGCCGCCCCUAGGUGCAGGGAGACGUGGACAGGGUUCACCACGCAGGCAUUCGCCGGCUUGUGUGGCUUCGCCAAGCUCUCCGCCGCGUCUGCGGUCAUGCUCUGCCUAGAGACGUGGUACUUCCAGGUCAUGGUGCUCAUCGCCGGUCUUCUCCCCAACCCUGAGCUCUCUCUCGAUUCCCUCUCCAUCUGCAUGGCCAUUUUCGGAUGGGUCUACACCAUCUCCAUCGGGUUCAACGCGGCAGCAAGCGUUCGCGUGGGGAACGAGCUUGGGGCAGGCAACCCGAGGGCUGCAGCUUUCUCAGUCGUCAUGUCGACCACAAUGUCCUUCAUUCUGGCUGUUGUCGCGGCAGUCAUUGUGUUGUGCCUCCGUGAUCGCAUUGCCUACCUCUUCACAGGUGGCAAAACUGUUGCGGACGCAGUGUCCGACCUCUGCCCGCUGCUUGCCAUCACCCUCAUCCUCAAUGGCGUUCAACCCGUGCUUUCUGGUGUGGCCGUGGGGUGCGGUUGGCAGGUGUUUGUGGCGUACGUGAAUGUUGGGUGCUACUAUUUCGUUGGCAUGCCACUUGGCUUAUUCCUUGGUUUCUAUCUUGGUUUGGGCGCAAAGGGGGUUUGGAGUGGCAUGGUAAUCGGCGGAACACUACUACAAACACUCAUCCUGUUAUGGGUGACAUUCAGGACUGACUGGCAACACGAGGUGGAGAAGGCGCAUGAGAGGAUUGCGAUGUGGGAAGACAAGAAAAAUUCAUUACAGCAGGAUUGAUAAAGACAAAUAUGCAACUACAAGUACUGAGAACGGUCGACUUCUCUGAAUAAAUAGACUAUCUUGGUUGAAAAUUAUGAGUAUUAUUUCUGAAUUGUAAUUUUUGUUCUAUUAUGGGGCAAAAUUAUUCACGGACUUUGGAAGUGAUUCCAGUUUUUCCUAGAACGUUAUCCAAAAGAAUUUAUUUGAACUCUGAAGAUUGAGGAAAGUGUAAGCAAGCCAA